AUGGAUAAAUUUUUGGGUGAUUUAAACUAUUUCCAGCAAAGAGCUAUUCUUGCACCCACCAAUGAAGUCGUUGAUUCAAUUAAUACACAAUUGUUAGACAGUAUGCCUGGUGAGGAGAAGAUAUAUCUCAGUUCAGACACUUUAUGUGAAUCUGAGCAACAGUCCGAACUUAACAUGGCAUUGUUUCCGUCGGACGUAUUAAAUAAUUUGCAUUUGUCAGGGUUACCUAACCAUAAACUGGUUCUCAAAGUUGGAGCUCCGGUAAUGUUACUUAGAAACAUUGAUCAAGCGAAUGGUUUGUGUAAUGGCACACGACUACAAGUAACAAAGCUUGGAAAAGUUGUAAUAGAAGCAAAGAUCAUCACAGGAAACAACAUAGGUCAUCACACUUUGAUUGCACGAUUGAAAAUGACUCCUUCCGAUAAAAUAAUUCCAGCGAAAAUUGCUCGUCGACAAUUCCCACCAUCAGCCUGCUUUGCGAUGACAAUCAAUAAAAGUCAAGGACAAUCACUUGAACGUGUCGGAUUGUACCUUCCACGUCCGUUUUUCAGUCAUGGACAACUAUAUGUUGCGGUAUCUCGAGUAAAAAGCUGGAAAGGUUUGAAGAUUUUAAUCUGUGACACGGAUCAAAAAGUUUGUAAAACUACUACUAAUGUGGUCUACCAAGAAGUACUACAAAAUCUAUAA